AAUAUACUGUAAAUCAAUUGCAAGAUGAUUAUUUUACCGAUGAAGAUCUAGAAGAGAGUUGGAGCACAAGUCAAAAUGAUCUUAUUUUUACUCAUGAUUAUAUUGCUGCAAUGAAAGCAAGAAAUUUAUUAGAAGAUCAGAUUUAUUUAGAAAUACAAGAUGAAGAAGAUAUUGAGAAGAUCUUACCUGAAGAUAAUAACGACGAGAAGGAAGAGCAUAAUAUUGAUCGUAAAAUUCCAGUAAUCGAAACAAAGAAACAAUCACCUUGCAUCAUUGUUGAUAAUUCAAAGAGAGAAAUUGGACGCUGCAAUUCAAUAACUAAUUUAGUGUCAUUAUCACAAUUAAUUGGAACUUGGGAAAUAGAAAUGAAUUUGGAAGAAAAUUAUUUAACUGAGCUAGAAGUUUGUUCUAGUCACUUUAAUUUCGAUCAUAAUCCAGAAUCUCGAAGAAACUUAUUUGGUCAAUCAGCAUUUACGACUGAAUGGGAGAUAAAAUUUGACCAAAUAAUAAAUCAAUUAUUAUAUAAAUAUGAAAGAAAUUUUGGAAUUAAAGAGAUUGACACAGAAAUCUUUGCUAGAAUUGAGACAGAAUGUCAAAUAAAUCCACUGAAUGUUGUUAUCUUGAAACCUGGACCAGCAUCUAAUAGCAAUACAGCCCUAUUUUUGCAAGAACUAAAUCAUAUACAAAUGAAAACUUAA